AUGUGGCAACCUAAAGGUAAUAUGACAUGGGAUUAUCAUUUGAAAAGUGUUCCUCAAAAUUUCAGUGAGUCGAUAGAUGUAUAUGAUAUUGAUGUCUUGGAUGCUUCCAAAGACAUAAUUGACGAUCUUCACGAGGCUGGUAAGAAGGUUAUCUGUUAUUUUUCUGCAGGAAGCUAUGAAGAUUGGAGAGAUGAUGCUGAUAAAUUCAAUAGUGUUGAUCUCGGUGAGCCAUUAGAUGGAUGGAAAGGGGAAAGAUGGUUAGAUAUUCGAUCCUUAAACGUUCGUAAUAUAAUGACCCAAAGGAUAGAAUUAGCUAAAUCAAAAAACUGUGAUGCCAUAGAUCCUGACAAUAUAGAUGGAUAUGACAAUGACAAUGGUUUCAAUCUUACUGAGAGCGAUUCCAUUGAUUUUGUCAAAUUUUUAGUCAAAACAGGUCAUUCCAAUGGAAUGUCCGUGGGUUUGAAAAAUGGUGGCUCAAUAGUUGAUGACUUGGUCAACGAUGUAGACUUUUCAGUUCAAGAACAAUGUGUUGAAUAUAAAGAAUGUGAUCUUUAUGAAGAAUUCAUCGAUCAAGGAAAGACUAUAUUCCAUAUAGAAUAUCCUAAGGGUGAUAAAUCUAAUUCUAAUCCAUUUACCGAGAAGCAAAUUGAUAAAUAUUGUGACAGUAAUAUGGCCAAAGGGUUUUCGAGUAUCCUUAAAAACAUGAAUUUGGAUUAUUUGUUAGUAGAAUGUUCUUCCAAAUUCAGCGAAGCUGAUGUUGCGUCCUCACUGGAUUUUAUUUCCAUAUCGUCACCCACUACUAGUAAAGAAGACUCUGAAUCAUCCUCAGAGAAUAAAGGAUUGUUGAACGAGAGAAACUUUGUUUUGACAACAUUGGCAUUUGCUGCCAGUUUCAUUUGA